CGAAGAAGAUAAAACAACUGACGACAUGGGAACGUUUCAAGAGGACAGCUUGAACAUAAUUUUUGGGAAAAAACGAAUCGUUGCUGUCAGAGUUGUGUUGAGCGUCCCUGCUAACGCAAGUGCUGUGCAGACUGCUGUCAUCUUGACACACGGGGCUGGAGGGGACAUGAACUUAAAGCAUUUGGUUUCUCUUGCUCAUGUACUUGCGUCGAAUGGUCUGCUAUGUCUUCGCUUCACGUGUAAAGGUUUAAACCUGGUUUACAGAGUGAAGGCUUACAAUGCUGUUUUGGAACACUUGAAAUAUCUUAAGAAAUUCACAAUAAGACACAUAUUCUUUGUUGGCCGUUCUAUGGGGGCUCGAGCUGCCUCUGCUCUGGCCAGGCAGCUCAGUGUUAGACCAGAGGAUGCAGUAGCUGGCCUAGUCUGUCUGUCCUCCCCCCUACACCCUCCAGGACAGACCCACACCCAUCGCCAGCGGAGUGAGGACCUCAGGGGGCUGCCUAAGGAGGUGCCUGUGUUGUUUCUGUCUGGCACUGCAGACAACAUGUGUGAGAAGAUCCUUCUGGAGGAUGUUGUAAAAGAGAUGAAGUGUCCAACGACUGUUCGCUGGAUUGAAGGAGGCAACCAUGGACAAUGAAGGGAAGGGCUGAGGAGUCUGUCCUGGAUGAAGUCAACUCACAUGUCUUAUCAUGGAUUCUGGAUCAAAUUUGCAUGAAGCUGACUCUAGAUCCUAAAGUUGUUGUUCCG